AUGUCGAUCCCCCCGCAGCUCAUCCGGGUCAAGCGCAAACGGGACGACGAGUCUCCCGUCACUUUCCUCCAGCUUGAUGAAGGGGCCAAGCGCCAUCGCAGCGAUCGCAAUUGGGUGUAUCAGCGACGAGAGUCCCAGGCCUCACCGUCAGGCCCAGCCAUCAGCCGCAGCGAUGGCCAACCCGUCAUCCACGUCUCGCAACCCGAAGAUCGUCCCUCGCCCAUAAAGAGACGCAGCGAUGGCCCUAUAUCAGGCUCAACAAGCGAUGCAAAUCGAUCUGCCGAUGGCCAGCUUCCGGAACAGCGCAAGUUUCAUGUCUCCCGGGCGAUGCUGGCGCAGGCGUCCGCCGCCCCAGGGCCGACCAGCUCGGGAAUCUCGAAGCAUGUGCGGCAUGGACCAACGAUCUUCGUUGAGCGUACGGGCCGUAAAAAGGUUAUACCAAGAUCCUCUCGACAGAGCCUCGUCAUCAGAGAUGCCAAGGAUAUCAUUGCAAACGACCACGCUCAGGAGACGAUGGCGGUCUCCAACGAGCACGUCGAGCAGAGGCACCUCAAGAAGCCUGGCAUUGCAAAGCGACGGGAUCCCUCCCAGGAGCCGCCAACUCGCCACCCUCUCCCGCAGUCGCUCAUCAACCGCCACACCGACGACAUGGACAAGAUCACUGCUGACAUGAAUCAAUGGGUAUUGGACGAGAUUGGUGCAAACUUACACGCCAUGGAGGCUGAGAAGAAGCAGGCCGAGAAGCCCAGAUUCAGGCCCAAGGCCCCAGAGAAGAGAUAUCAAGAACGCCAUCCAGAUGUUGCUGCAGCGUCAGAUAGUCCGGCCGGGGAGACGGCAGAUAUUCGCAUGGUUGAUGCGAGUGAGGAAGAAGGGGACGAUGCGGACUGGAUCAUCGAGGAGUAUGUGCGCAUUCCCGCUCACACUAUGGGCGUCAAUGUGCUACCUUCAGAUGUCGGCCUCCUAGUCUUGGAUGGAGAAGAAGAGAACAUGCUCUUUUACGGGCCGCCUCAAGAUGAAGAUGAUGAAUAUCCGGAAGAUGAUGAAGACGAAAAUGCGGAAAACUACUACACGGCGGAUUACCCAGAGGAUGAGGUAGAUACCGAGGAUGAGUACGACCGCCACGCCUACAUGUACCGCAACGCCAACGCCUCAGACGAGGAAGAGUUUGACGACAACGAAUACGACAGCGACGAAAUCGCCAUGGAAGGGGAAGACGACGACGAUGAUGACGCAAGGAUGGAUCAUCUGGCCGAAAGGGAGCAUCAGCGUCAAGCGUGA